AACUUGCCAGAAAGCAGAAUCCCAGUACCGAGUCCUCACCAGCCACAGCAGUAACCAUGAAGGUGCGAUCAUCAGUAAAGAAGAUGUGCGAGUUUUGUAAGACAGUUAAGCGUCGUGGACGUGUAUAUGUAAUUUGCUCUUCUAAUCCUAAGCACAAGCAACGGCAGGGAAUGUCAACGUUUGCAAAUGAAGGACCAAUCCCAUCCAUGUUCAUGGAAAUAAACGCUAAGCAGGAAAUUGCCCCCUUUCACAGCUUCCAGACAGGGCUGGUUGCUUUGAUACCCAAAAAACAGCAGCCAUCACUGAUAUACGGAUGGAGGGCAAACCUUUCAUCUCUUCUCUUCAAACAGGGAAAAUAGGUCAGAUCAUGAAGUAGAAUUGUUCUCAAGUCUAUAAUCUGAGAUGGUUUUUUGGGAUUUUGAACAUUGUUUUGCUUUAUCUUGCCAUACUCAUAAAUCACCAUGUUAUUACUGAGGGAAAAUGUUAAACAAAGUUAGUAAUUUCCAUAAGAGAAUCGGGGAAUAUCCUUGAUACAUUAGUGAAUGGUUUCUUUUAUCCUAUUACAAUUGAGUCAGGUUGAUAUCUGGCUGUUUUCAA